AUGUUUGGGACUGUUAACAUUUGUUUCCAGCGGGACCUUGGAAAGAAAACACAAAGGAGCCUGCCGAGAACAGGCAUUCAUCAUGUUGAGACAGAAUCUGGAAUAGCACCUCAUUCAUGGACUUGCAGUUGUCAAGACAAAGGUGAAAAUGGGGAGCCCUAUCAGAGGAGGAAAGGUACUGGAGGUAGUCAGCUAGAUGGUUCUGCUCCAUCCCAGACCUUCAGAGACAGCACUCCAGUGCCACCAAGCAGCAGCUGGAGGCGGAUCAUGCUGCUCAUCUUAGCAAUAACAAUACACAAUAUUCCUGAGGGUUUGGCCGUGGGUGUCGGAUUUGGUGCUAUUGGGAAAUCAGCAUCUGCAACCUUUGAAAGUGCAAGAAAUUUGGCAAUUGGGAUUGGAAUUCAGAAUUUUCCAGAAGGGCUCGCUGUCAGCCUUCCUCUGCGUGGGGCUGGGUUUUCAACACUGAAAGCAUUCUGGUACGGGCAAUUAAGCGGUAUGGUGGAGCCAUUAGCUGGUCUCUUUGGUGCCUUUGCUGUGGUAUUAGCAGAGCCACUUCUCCCCUACGCCUUGGCUUUUGCGGCUGGGGCAAUGGUGUAUGUGGUGAUGGAUGACAUUAUCCCAGAAGCACAGGUCAGUGGCAAUGGGAAGCUGGCUUCCUGGACCUCCAUCCUGGGAUUUGUGGUCAUGAUGUCUCUGGAUGUUGGACUUGGAUAACAGGGGAUGCACAGUUCCCCCUGUUUUUGAACCUCACAAAGUGUCAGUCUCAACUAAAAGCACAAAAGAAGCUAGAACUGGAACAACAUAUUUUUACAUAAUUAUACUGAUCUGGGUUAACAUUGACUUGCCUUUUAAUUAUAUGGACUUUCGAUGGUUUGAGAAAGCACAGAACAUUCCUGCCUGCUUGUUUUUUUUCUCUGGCCACCUAGUUAUUUCUUUUUCAUCAGGGAUUUUGGUAUGAAACAUAUCAUUGAAGCUGUGAAGCUUAUUUUUCCCCUCCCCCUUUUGAGGCAGGUUUUGCUAUCCUUAUCAGUUAGGUCUAAUCUAUGGUGAUUGUCUUUGCUAUGUGUUCACAAGUCUUAUUUUGUGGCAUAACUGAGCUGGCAACUGCAAAGAGCUAAAAGCUUUCCAGCUGCCACACAGGUUGGACCCUUGGGGACUGGGCUUUCUUCAGGGCUUCAAAGGUGUUAUGCUACACAAGUUUUUGCCAUGGGAAGUGUUGGUUUUGUUUGGCUUCCCCCCUCCCCAAUCUGUGACAUGAAUGUUAUCUUAAAGAUCUGUAUUCACAGGAAAGGGUGUGAGCUUUAUUUACUGUAACAGGGUUUUACUUGGAGACCAAGGGAGUAUCUGUUUUCAGACUCAGAAAUAUUUGUGGCAAAUGCUCAGUGGAAGAAAUUUGUGCUGCUUUUGAGUCUCCAGGCUUCUAAAAUGCUGUCUCUUAGGCCCACGGAUUUGCUAGUAUGCCUAACCCCGGCUAGAAGGAUCACUCUCCCAUUUGAAGCUUUUUGUGGAGGGGGCUUAUGGGGAGGGCUCCUUGGAUCAUUAACUUAGCUCUUGGCACAGUUCACUUGCUAAUAUGCCAUUUCCACCAUCUCACACUAACAGAUUUCAGCCCUGAUCCCUUGAAGACAGAUCUGAGAGUUACCACAAUUUAUGGGCUACCCCCUACUGUCAACACAAGCAGCCUAUGGCCAUAGCACUUCAUGUUUCCCCCUCCUCUGUAUUUGCUUAAAUUGCAAGUGGACCUGCAGUUCAUAUUUCUUGAGCAAUUGCUUUGUCCAUCUGAUGGGAAAAAGAGGGGACAAUGGGUGUAUUCUCAACUCUAAUUAAUCUGACUAAUUCUCUGCUCAUAGUAAUCUGACAAAUCUACUAUAGAUGUCAAAACCUUUGAAUAAAAACACACAUCCGCUAUGCUCUGCAGUGGAAAGGGAACUGAAUGAGUAGACAUUUUGACAAUUCCAGUGAGAGCUGCACACAUUUAGCAAAGGAGUGGCAAAUUUUGACUCUCCCAAUGUUGUCAAACUCCGCUUUCCAUCAGCCUCAGAUGGCAUAGCCAGUGGACAGGGAUGCUGGAAGUUGUAAUACUUGGAAGAACCACAAAUUUGCCACCCCUGUUCAGGCAGCUCGGGGUAUCUUAGUCUAUGUAUACACCAUGUAUAUGUACAUAUUAGACUUCAUGGACCAUGCUUACAUCAUUGGAAUCUGUCCUUCCACAAGUAGUUAUUUCAGAAGAAGGUGGUAGAUAACUAGUGCCUAUAACCACACAUGAGAUGCACCAACCCUUUUGUCCCAGGUCACUAAGCAGGGUUUACUUCGGCUUUUCUCAGAAUCUCUAAUACAACUAAUAUAACCUCUUUUGUUCUAGGAGAAAUGAAACAUAAGGAGCAUGUAUUCACAUGCAAAGGCAGAUGUGCUCAGGUGAUCCUUCCAAAUUCCCAUGUAGUUGCUAUUAGACUAUAGGUGCCUAUGAACUACAUGAAAUUCAUGCCAUGAAAUUGUUUCUUUAGGGAAGAUAAUGGUGUUUUUGUGUACACAGGUCAGUACAGAAUGAUUAAUUGAUACCCUUUUUAACCAUGAUCAGUCUGAAUAAAAGUGGAUAUUUAAAAAUGUGUGUUCAAGCCA